UCUUUGGUAUUGACGUAUCACCAUAUUAUCACUUGUCCAUACUUUGUCCGUAUAAAAAACACAAUUGUUUUUUUUAUAUAAAGAGAGAAGGUCUUACAAAAUCAGUUGAUUUACUGUGAAAAGAUUAGCUACUUCACAGAUAUCCAACCUUGUCGACGGCACAGCUUCUAGUUCAUCGUUUACAAUACUCAAAGAUCAACGAUCGAAUAAUAUACGUAAAUCAAAGCCUGGAUUAUGAUGAUGCUGAUAAACCAGUACCAAGAAAGAAAUGGAAAGUGUCCAUUAUUCAUUCUUAUGCUGAUAAAUUAUCAAAUGUGGAAUACAAAUGUAUAAUGUGCCUGGGAAUAAUGAAUCUGUACUUGAUAUCGUAGUUUUGUAAUAUUAGUCUUUUAAUCUAGAUUAUUCGAUGCAGUACUACUUCAAACGCAAAUGUCAAACGUCACUUAAUUAACGUACAUGGUUUAGAUCAUCUUCGAUCGACGAAUAAUCAAACUGAAUCAAGUGAAAAAUUCGAUACACAUCGUAAAACUGUACUUGAUGCAGCUGCAAUUAACUGUAUAAUAGUUGGCAGCAGGCCGUUUGGAGAAUUUCGUAAGACUGGUAUGAAGCAAUUCUUGUUAAGAGCGGUUCCGGGAUAUAUUGGUCCUCACCAAAAUACGGCUACAAGAACAAUUAGGAAAUUAUAUUCAAAGAAAUUGUUAGAAUUACAGGAAGAAUUAAAUAGUGUAUGUUAUGUUUGUUUAACCACCGACUUAUGGAAACGUCCAAAAGGACAUCACUAUCUGUCUGUAUUAUUUAGUUCACAUGAUGAGAAUCAAUAUCACAAGUCGAAUAUUGAUGGAAAUAAAGAGAAUAUAAAUGACAUAUUGAAUAAAAAUGAUCGAUUAGAUGAGGAUGUUGAAGAGGAUGAAGAAGAAGGAAGAGCAGCAUUUGCUGAUAGUACCGAUGAUGAUGAAAUGAAUUCCAAUAUAGCAGAAGAUGAUUUCGAUGAAGAAGAUGGUAAUGAAGCACCUCGUGAUGAUAUGGAUAUCAUUUCGUCCGACGACGAAAUGGACAACGAUAUGAUGCGAACAUCAAAUGACUCUUUUAAUACUGAAAAUAUUAGUAAUGUUCUUUAUAGUUGUCGAAAAAUCGUCAACAUCUUCAACAAGUCUAGUAUUCUUUAUGACAUUAUUCAGAAACUUGCUCGUCCUGAAAUCAAGUACCAUUUAUCUAUUGACAUGCGUAUUAGAUGGAACAGUACGUGUACAAUGGUCUUCAAAUUCGUCGCCUAUCAAGAAAUUUUAAAUGAAUUGCUGAAUCAGUUGCCUUCGAUUCAAGGUGUACGUACAGAACAAAAAAAUCUGUUGCUCAAGUUACAGCUAUCAAAUGCACAAUGGGAGAUCAUGAAAAUUUUAAAACAUAUAUUAUUGUUAUUCAGUGAAGGUUCAGAUAUGUUAUCCGGAAGCAAAUAUCCAUCAUAUGCAGUGGCUUAUAACGUUAUUGAUUCUCUGUAUUUUUAUAUUCAAAGCAGUACAACAAAUCAUAUUGAAAAAAAAAUUAAAGAAGCGUUAUGUGAAACAUUUGAUCAUUAUGUACGUCGUCCAUCUGGUUCAUCAGAACAUAAUUUAAUGCUGGUAAGAUCUUAA